AUGGACAGCAGCCAUCCCAUCGAGAGAUCCGAUGGGAGUGUCUGGAGCAUGGCCAGCGGCAAACCCAUCGGCCGCGGUGAUGAGCUCGUGGACCAAACAGAUGGAUUUCCAAUCAUCGUCCGUCGACUCAAGAGCAGCAUCACGCGGAAAAUACGGCUGAAUCUUGACUCGGGACCUGAACAAGAAGGCGCUUUCUACUGCAUUUUUGAGUGGUCUCUUGAACAAAAAUGGACCCUAAAAAGCCCUCAGAUUUCAGUGGAAUACCUGGGGCUUCCUGGCUGGCGCGCGGGAGAGGUUUAG